AUGUCAAAAAGGUAGACAAGUAGACAUAUGACAUAACCUCAAAAAUAUAUUUUCUAAAGAAAUACAUGAAUAUCUAUAAAUAUUUGAAAAGGUAUAACAAGUGCAUACAUUUUGGCUGCUAUGAGUUUUUUGCUUAAUGCUCUGAAAGGUUUCGUGCACAGAAUGCUCCAAUUACUGUCCUUUGGUAAAAAACAAAUUUCGAAUUCUCUAAGCAUAUUUGUGAAAAGUGGUGGAAAUACCCUCACUGUGGAACUGGAUCCAACGUGGGAUAUUAAAAAUCUCAAGGAAAUAGUUGCCAAACAGCUUGGAUUAGAACCAGAUGAGGUCAAAAUAAUUUUUGCUGGAAAAGAAUUGGGAAACAAUAUCAAGAUAUCGGACUGCGAUUUGGGCCAACAAAGCAUUUUACAUGCUGUGAAAAUUCAGACUAGAGCUAAAACUGUGUUUCCAGAACCAUGCAGUAGUCUCAUCGAGGAAAGUGAGGAUCAAGGCAGCAAACCAUUAUGUGAAACUUUAAGUGAUACAAUGUUUUCUAAUGAAGACAACUCAAAAAGUAGUUCAAAUCUUGACGCAGAUACUCAAAUUUCUGAGGAAGGUACCAACAAAAGAAAAGUUCAUUUUUAUGUCUUUUGUCCAACUUGCAAAGCCCUUAAAUCAGGAAAACUGCGAGUGAGAUGCCAUUUUUGCAAAAGUGGUGCAUUCACGGUGCAUUCCGAUCCCCAGAAAUGGAGCGAUGUUCUAGAACAAAAACAAAUUACAGGCUUGUGCGAAAAUAGUUCAGAAUUAUGUGCUGAUGUAUUGAAUAAUCAAGAACCUACGUUUGCAGAAUUCUAUUUCAAAUGUUCAGAACAUACAUCUUUAGGAGAACAAGAUCAGGCAGUGCCAUUAUAUUUAAUAAGACCUAAUCUACAAGAUGUACCUUGUUUAGCUUGUGCAGAUGUGAGUGAUCCUGUAGUUGUAUUUCCUUGCACUGAGGGCCAUGUUACUUGUUUAGAUUGCUUUCGGCAAUACUGCACUACAAAACUCAUGGAGAGACAGUUCUGGCAGCACCCCGAAUAUGGUUAUACUUUGGCAUGCCCUGCUGGUUGCCCCGAUUCAUUUAUCAAAGAAAUUCACCACUUUAGAUUACUCACUGAUGUUCAAUAUGCCCAAUACCAACGUUUUGGAACAGAGGAAUUUGUCCUCAGAUCUGGAGGGGUACUCUGUCCCCAACCUGGUUGUGGUAUGGGAAUUUUAGCUGAUCCAGAAUGUACGAAAAUUACUUGUAUUAGUGGAUGUGGGUAUGUCUUCUGUCGAAAUUGUCUGCAAGGUUAUCACAUUGGAGAAUGCAGAGAUGCUGAUAAUGAAAAUAAUAUAAACUCAGAAGGCUGCUCUUACAGUGUUGAUCCAGCUAGAGCUUCUGAAGCCCGAUGGGAUGAAGCUUCAAAAGUUGCGAUAAAAGUUUUGACCAAGCCUUGCCCGCAAUGUAGGACUCCUACUGAGAGAGAUGGUGGCUGUAUGCAUAUGGUUUGCACCCGAGCUGGAUGUGCAUUUCACUGGUGUUGGGUAUGUCAAACUCCCUGGACGAGAGAUUGCAUGGGAAGUCAUUGGUUUGGUUAAUAGUUUUCUCAGUGAUAAGGAAAAAAAUGUGAUAUUUUGUUAUGAAUUGGAAUUUAAUUGUUUUAUAGCUUAUGUGUUUAUUCAAAGGUAUUACUUGCUGACUUCAUUUCUGUUCUUAUAUUCAUUGUGAAUAUUUUUUCUGGAUAUCACCAAAUAUAUUGAGAAUUCAAAUUUGA